CACUCGGCAUCAACAGAACUAAAUAAUAAUAAAAUAAUUAAAAUCUGUAAAUAUUUAAUAAUGGUUUCGUCACGUGUAAUAUUUUUUUCAAUUAUUACAACUAUUUUAUCCUAUUUGUUGGCUGGCGUCAUCUUUUUGGUGCCUGUUAUAUCUCUCAAUUUCUAUUCACUGGCAGAAAUAAAUUACACGUGUGAUUGGAACACGAGGAUGGAAGAAGUUUUAAAAACUACGGGUCCUGCUGUCCCUAACGCGAUAAAAAUUUGGGCGAAUCAAACGGGAUAUUUUGACUCGAGAGAAUUUUACAAAAAUCAGACUUUGGAGUACAAUGAGUUAAUCAAUUACUGGGAUUCUUUACCUAAAAUUGAGGUGGAUGGCGUUCCCGACUUAAUAUUUGUGGUGAAGAUGCCCUGCGUUAGGAACGAGUCGUUAGUGCGAUUUUACUCGGAAACCGUGCUGAAGUUUCCCACGUUAAGGAGAUCCUUUGCUGACACGUUGCUAACUGGCGGGCAUAUUAGCUUAUGGCCGACCCAGUUGCGGAAUUUUUGCCUCUACUUGGCCCAGGCAGUAUACCUAAUUUCGUCCCUGGCAGGAUUUAUCUGCCUGUGUGUCACGUGUGGGAUGGAUGUAGAAUUAUAUUGCUUCUUACAUUUUAUCGGAUUGGAGAUGUUGCUAAUUUCUGGGGAAAUUAUUCAAGAGAUGAGUAUUAAGCAGGAUGUUUGCUCCGAUGUGAUUUAUUUUGAUAGGAAUUAUUUACAAUAUUGUCCCGCUGUAGAUGCAUUUUACAAAUUUGUGCCAACAUCGCAAGUCUUGCUCUUAUCAGUUUUAAUUUUUAGGAGGAAACUUAUUCUGGAAAGUGAGAAACUUCAAGUAGCUUUGUAUUUGACUAUUUGCAUCAUUUUGCCGGCCGGAUAUUUCAGUUUGAGCUAUUUUUUGCCAACAGAUUUGAGGAGUUACCAGUGUCAAGCAGGUCUCGAUGGGUAUCCCCCAAUUGGUGAUGCGUGGAUGUCAAUUUUGCAUAAAAAUGCGGCUUUACUGGUAUCAAUCGGGGUUACUUUGUUGACCACGUUUUUCACCUAUUUCGGUUCCAAAAUUGGUAUUGCAAAAGGAGUGUCUCGUUGGUCGCUCGAAUUUAAACUUCUGCUCCUCGUCUAUGGAAUUUUCGCGUGGCUGCAAAUCCUCGAGAUUUUACUCUACCUGGUUACCGAUAAGUACAGUGCGAUCGUAAUUUGCAGGAUAUGCAAUUUUAAAAGUAUUUUCAUUUUAAUCCUUCUCGUGAGGGAUGAGCGGACGAAGUAUGGCGCUUCAGAGGCGAUUAAACGCUAUAAGGAACGAUUAGUGGAAUUGACGGGUGAAUUCAAGACCAGGGUGUCUUCUAAAGGAUCCACCUUCUCGGUGUAUAUGAAGAUUAGCUGGAAUAUUUUGAAAAUUAUGUUCGCAAUCCUUUUCAGGUGGAUGGGCAGGUGGGGUGCAAAUAAUGAAGAGUUGCAAACCGGACAAUAAAUAUUUCUCCGUAAACACAUAAGAUAUCAAAUAUUUCUGUACGUAGUUUCCAAAUAUGUACAUAAUAGGAUUUAUUUUCAUACGUAAAUCUUGAUAUAGUUUGUUAUCGAUUUACACACCUUACUUUGCUAUAAAGAUUGUUACAUAGAUAUCUUUAAAACUUGGUAAAAUUUAGAAUCUCGAUAUACUUGGUUAUUUAUUUACUUUACGAGAUUUACUUUAUACUUUAUAGGAGGACUGUUAGAUAUCUUAAAAAUUUGGAAAAUGUAGUAAAAUUUAGAAUUAAAUAUUAUGCAUUUAACUGGCUGAUUUUACGAAUGAUGAUUAAUCUGUGCUAAGCACUAUUGAUACGUUGCACGAAAUUUGCGGUCAAGCUGAGACCGAGAUUCUUAAGUUAAGUUGAUAGAAGGUUGUCUGAAAUUGUUGAUCCGACUCAACUCUUUCGCUUUGUUGGUAAACCACUCGAUAGUUUUUGAAUAAUCUUCUUCAUGAAAAAAGCGGAUCGAAUAAUUUUGAAAUUCUAAAAAAAAAUAUUGGAUCGAAUAUUUUGUUUAAUCCAAAAACGGAUCGAAAAAUGUUGAUCCGAUCCGAUGGACCCGAGGAGUACUUACCUUCUUAGAAUAUGUAUAUAUUUGACCUUGUGCAUAAUUAAUUAGACAAAUUAUUACAUAAGUAGGUAUAUUUAGCAUAUUUACGUACAUUUCUACGUUUGGAUUGCAGAGAAUUUAAUACAGUGGAGAAAACGCGAAUGGCUGAUUGGACAAAUAUUUACAUAAAAUAUGUACAAAUAUGCUAAUUUGUUCCCAUGAUGUAUUUAUGACCUCAUCCAGUAAAGCCACAUGAAUGUGGUGCUAAUUCCAAGCUAAAUAAAC